ACAAUGGGAAAAAGAAAAACACCUGUUUUCCGUGAUGCCAAGAAGGCCAACACCAACACUGAUGAUAGCAAAAUUAAUGCUAUCCAUACUUGGGAUGAUAUUGAACAUGAUUCCGAAGACGAAUUUCAUGAAGAUCGAGAAAAGAUCCUUUUAAACAACAAUCAAGAAAGUGAACAAGAUGAGAGCGAUCGUGAGAUCUAUGGCUUAGAAGGCCUUGAUUCAGAAGAAGAACUUUCCGAAGAUGAGAUUAUUGGAAAACAAGAAGAAGAAGAAACAGAGGACAAGACAUGGGGUACUUCCAAGAAUGUUUACUAUGAUGCUGAUGAAGGUGAUGACUUGGACGAAAUGCGUGAAGAAGAAGAAGAAGCUCUCAGAAUUCAAAAAGAACAACUAUCUAAUAUGGAUGAAGCUGAUUUCGUAGACGACGCAUUAGCUGGUUGGGGUGUAGGCGCCAAUGAAGAUGCUGAAGCAGACAAGAAAUUAGUGGAAGAUGUCAGUAAAGAAUUAGAAGACAUUUCCUUUGAUACAAUCAAGGUCGAGAAACGUCGUAAAAACUUACCUAUUGCCGAGAAACUCAAGCUGAUUCAAAACGAGUCUCCUGAAUUGAUUGAUUUGUUGGACGAAUUUAAAGAGAAAUCCAGCACUGUCAAAGCACUUCGAUCUAUUGUUGAACAGGUUCAGUCCAGUCCUAAGCGAGAACAAGAUUUGGCACAAUUUAUCUUGUUUAAAUACCAAACCUACAUGAACUAUUUGACAAACAUCUCAUUCUACUUUGCUUUGAAGGCUUCUGAAUCCAACGAUGUUCGUGAUCAUCCAGUCAUCCAAGCUUUGGUCAAUUUGCGUCAAACAUUAGAGAAAUUAGAGACUUUGGACGAAAAACUCAAAUUAGAUACAGAAGCAUUUAUCAAUAGCUUAGAUCAACCAGAACAAGGAAUUGCGUCCAAAGAGAAGAUCAAAAAGACACCUAAAAAGACUGUGGUCACUAAUGACUCUGAUGUGUCUGAUGAAGAACUAGAAGAAGAACAAGAAGAAGAAGAAUCAGCACAAGACAUAUUAAAUGAAAUUGAAGACAUAGAACAAGAAUUCAAGAGUCUAAAGAAACUAGCCAAGAAGCGUAAGAGAGUUUCUGAUGACUUUGGUGAAUUAGACGCAUUAGAUGAACUUGAUAUGGAAGACAAAAUAGCAAAGAAGAAAUCACUUCGUGACUAUGUUGUUAAAAUUGAUGCUACACAAGCCAAGAACAAGAACAAAUAUCAAGGUGAUGUUGAUUUACCGUACAGAGAAAGAAACAAGAGAGAGCGUAAGGGUGUUGCACAACCACAAGAUAACUCAGCUGAUUUGGACAAUGAUGAUUGGGAUCAAGACGAUACAGCGGCAGCUAAUGCAGUUAAUCACGGUGAAGAAGAUGAUUAUUAUGCAAAUAUUGCAGCAGACAAAAAGGCUACUAAACAAGCCAAACAAGAAGAAUAUGAAGCUUCUAGACCAGCCAUUGAAAGCCGCGAUAUCGAAGUGGAAGAAGGUCAAAAGCGUUUGGCUUCUUACAAGAUUCUAAAGAACAAGGGUUUGACACCUCACCGUAAGAAGGAGAACAGAAAUGCCCGUGUCAAGCACAGAAACAAGUAUGCCAAGCAAAUGAAGAAAUUGUCUUCUACAAGAGCUGUCUUCAAGGGACAAACUUCUGGUUAUGGUGGUGAAAUGAGUGGUGUAAAGACAAAUAUUGUCAAAUCAGUUAAAUUGGCUCAAUAAAUACAUACCCCAUUCAUAACUA